AAAUGUACAUCAAUAUUUCAAUCAUUGUGUAAAAUAGCGGAUUAUCAGGUCAAAGAUUAGUGUUAUAUUUUCAGCGUUUUCUUUUUAACCGUUCUGUUGUUUAUCUGUGCGUUUUUAUUGUUUUUUAAGUGUGAUUUCAAGAUUCUUAAAAAUAUAUAUUUGAAUGUUUUUUUAAACAUGUGAUAUUUUUAUUUGAUAUAUGUCGGCGGCAAGUUUUAUAUCGAAAUGGCUUGAAAUCUGACUUGGUGUGUACAAUAACCCGGAUUUAACUAUAUUGGAACUUAAUGUUUUAUACAUAAUUUUUUGUGCAUAUAUGGUUUAAAAAAGAAAAUGUCAAAUAUAACAACAAAUACAGGAGACCAGGCCUGGUACGACGAGUUGGUCGACCCAAAUGUUGGGAUAGUCAGUGGUAUGUCCAAUGCGUUGUUCUUCGGGUCUAUCAUUGGUGGUUUACUUCUCAUAUGUGCGAUUGGCGGGCUUAUUUAUCAUUGCAAACGAAAGAAAGAGUUAGAAGAAAUGGUACGAGAGCAGGAAGAAGCAAAAGCCAGGGCCAACAACAAAGUUGCUCCAACUCAAGACAUUUAUGAAGAAAUGGAGGGUGAAAUACAAAGGCAUGAAGAACAGAAAAAGAAACUAUCAAAAUAUCUAAGUUUUCUAUUAAGCAAAGACCCGCAAGGUUUAAUGUCAGUAAACAACAAGAGAAUGGCUGCGCAGAAGGCUAGAGCAAAUAAAGGAUGGUUCUGACGUGUUCCAAACUAUUGUUGACUUUGUAAAUAUUGUCUAUAAACGUUGUUUUUGUUGUUUUCUUUUCGUAAUAAAACUAUUCUUAAAAGUGUUUCGUUUUAAUAAACAGACAUGGCUUUAACAAGAACUGAAUAA